UUGCGAAGUGCUCCGAAAUGUAGUCAAUUGUGAGAGUGUAAAUAGAUUGUCAACAAACGUAAACAUAAACACGUGCGAAGAAGAUGUCUGACACCGAGGAUCAGCGUGUCUUUGUCUUCCCGGGAGACGAAGUGAAGGAAGCUGUGGAAGCCAGUGCAAAGCGAAAAGUCAUCAUUGGACCAGGACUUCGGGGGAAGCUGAAAGAGAACCUCAUCCUGGCGACGCGGGGCGGUGAAUUGUGUGCCAAGAGGAGCACUACCUUUCUGGUGAACAGCUUCCAGAAGCGCUACGUGGCUGCGAAGGGCGACACUGUGAUUGGCUAUGUCAUUGGCAAGUCGACGGACACAUUCCGGGUGGAUAUUGGCGGCAGCGAACCAGCCUCGCUGUCCUACUUGGCCUUCGAGGGGGCGACGAAGCGCAACAGACCCGAUGUUCACGUCGGUGACAUCCUGUUCGGGCGUCUCGUGGUGGCCAGUGGAGAUUUUGAGCCGGAACUCGUGUGCCUGGACUCGACGGGACUGAAAAAGGACAGAUUUGGCGUUCUGCCCACGGAUGGAUUUGUGUUUGAAUGCAGCAUAAAUCUCUGUCGGAAGAUGCUUGAUGAGAAAUUCCCGCUAACCAGGGCGCUGGCCAAGGAGUAUCGCUUUGAGCUGGCCGUGGGCAUCAAUGGGCGGAUUUGGGUGCGUGGACACAAUCUCAGGCAGACAAUUGGGCUGUGCCAUGCGAUUCUGGGCGUGGAGCACAUCCCAAGGACGCAACUGGAGGAUUACUGCAGGAAUAUUACAGGCGAAUUGGCGGGAUUUUGAGACACAAUUAAAGGUCCAACACUUUCAGUA